AUGGUGGCGAAAUUUACUCGUGUGGACACUCUAGAGCUGAAAGAUGUUAUCUAUCAACGGAUUGGACACCAAAGAGCAGAUAGGUACUUUGAUCAGCUGAAGAGAUUUCUAAGUUUGAAGCUUAGCAAAGUUGAGUUUAACAGGAGCUGUGUGCAGACGAUUGGGAGGGAGAACGUUUAUCUUCAUAAUAGGCUUAUCCGAUCCAUUGCCCAAAAUGCGUGUCAAGCUAGGAUCCCACCUCAAAAAGCUCGAAAACAAAUUGAAGGACUAAGUUUUAAGGUUGCAAAUGGUUACCAGAAAAACUCUCUGCAAUCUCUGUAUGGUGAUGCUUUCCCCCAGUCGCCUCGCAAAUGUAGGUCUCCUGUCAGCAGAGAUCGCAAGCUGAGGGAUCGCCCAAGCCCUCUGGGCCCGCUGGGUAGGAGCCCUAGUCUCACUUGUGAAGAAACAGUCACGAGGACUCAAGAGCAGCAGAGUGGAACACUAACAGAGUUGCAUUCCCUCUGCAGCAGACCUCCAGUUGAUGUCGUCUCAGUGGAAGAUGGGGAGGAGGUCGAGCAGUGUGCUGGAAGCCUUGAUGGUGUAAGGUGGUGGAGUCCUGUCACUGCGCCUUUUGGCGUCUCAGUUGGCGCUCGUGAGGCUGUUGGUUGCAGCUAUAAGGAUGGUGCUUGUGCUGAGGCCUGUGAAAAUCAAGGGGAGUUUCCUGAUACGAUAUCUUUAAGAAGGUGUUUGCUGAAGAAGCUGUCAUCAGAGGGAGUAGGGAUCUCGCUGGAAUGUGCAGACGUGAUAAACAACAGCUUGGACGUGUUCUUGAAGCGAAUAAUCGAGCCAUGUUUGUCAAUUGCUUCGUCCAAGUGUACAGAUCUUGGGAGACAAUCAAAUAAGGCAGUGAUGUCUGAUAGAGCUAGACGUGUGAGUAUACUGGAUUUCCGGGUUGCGAUGGAAUCAAACCCUCGUUUGCUUGGGGCGGAUUGGCCUGUCCAGCUCGAGAAGAUCUGCCACUACGCCUCCGGGGAGUAA